CAAGCCCAGUUUCUGAGACCAAGUGGUCUCAGAGAUUCUUGACAUCACUUCCGCCCCGGAUUGGUGCCUUAGCCCCCACACAAAACCCUAAACCCUAGCCAGCUUCUCUUUCCUUCCUCUUCCUUCUUCGCUUUUCUACCUCAUUAUUGUUCUCUCUCUCUCUCUCUCUCUCUCUCUCUCUUUCUGUCUCUCGCCAUCACUAAACCCCACGUCUACUUGCUAAUAAACCCGCACUCUCUUUCUGUCACUACUCUAUUUGCAGAGCCAUGUAUCGUUUUGCCUCUGGCCUCGCCUCCAAAGCCAGUGGGGUGGCUGGCAACAACGCCAAGCAGAUUGGUAGUAGAUUGGCUUGGAGGAGAAAUUACGCGGCUAAAGACAUCAAAUUUGGUGUUGAAGCUCGUGCUUUGAUGCUUAGAGGUGUUGAAGAGCUUGCUGAUGCUGUUCAAGUUACCAUGGGGCCUAAAGGACGUAAUGUAGUUUUGGAACAAAGCUGGGGGGCUCCUAAAGUGACAAAAGAUGGUGUAACUGUAGCAAAGAGCAUUGAGUUCCAAGACAGAGUUAAGAACAUUGGUGCUAGCCUUGUGAAGCAGGUUGCAAAUGCUACUAAUGAUGUGGCAGGCGAUGGCACCACAUGUGCAACUGUCCUUACCCGUGCAAUAUUUGCUGAAGGAUGCAAGUCUGUGGCAGCUGGAAUGAAUGCCAUGGACCUUAGACGUGGGAUCUCAAUGGCAGUUGAAGCUGUUGUGACAAGCUUGAAGAGCAGAGCAAGGAUGAUCAGCACAUCCGAGGAAAUAGCCCAGGUUGGGACAAUAUCAGCAAAUGGAGAAAGAGAGAUUGGUGAACUUAUAGCCAAGGCUAUGGAGAAAGUUGGCAAAGAGGGUGUCAUCACAAUCUCUGAUGGAAAAACAAUGGAUAAUGAAUUGGAGGUUGUUGAGGGAAUGAAGCUGGACAGGGGCUAUAUAUCCCCUUAUUUUAUCACCAAUGACAAGAACCAGAAGUGUGAAUUAGAAGAUCCUCUCAUUUUAAUUCACGAAAAGAAGAUCUCAAGCAUGAGUUCUACUGUCAAAGUUUUAGAAUUGGCCUUGAAGAGGCAAAGACCUUUGCUGAUUGUUGCUGAAGAUUUGGAGGGUGAGGUACUCGCAACUCUCAUUUUGAACAAGCUUCGUGCUGGAAUCAAGGUUUGUGCCAUCAAAGCACCUGGAUUUGGAGAAAAUAGGAAGGCCAGUUUGCAGGAUCUUUCCAUUCUCACAGGGGGUCAGGUUAUAACCGAAGAGCUUGGCUUGAACCUUGAUAAUGUGGGAUUGGAAAUGCUUGGCUCAUGUAAAAAGGUGACGGUAUCAAAGGAUGACACUAUUAUUCUUGAUGGGCUUGGUGACAAGAAAACCAUUGAAGAAAGAUGCGAGCAGUUGAGAUCUGCCAUCGGAACCAGCACCUCCGAUUAUGAUAAAGAGAAGUUACAGGAGCGGCUAGCAAAACUUUCUGGUGGUGUUGCAGUUUUAAAGAUUGGUGGAGCCAGCGAAGCUGAAGUUGGUGAGAAGAAAGACAGGGUUACUGAUGCUCUGAAUGCCACCAAGGCUGCUGUAGAGGAGGGCAUUGUACCUGGUGGGGGUGUUGCACUUCUUUACGCCUCUAAGGAGCUUGACAAAUUGCAUACUGCAAAUUUUGAUCAGAAGAUCGGUGUCCAGAUUAUCCAGAAUGCUCUCAAGACACCUGUUCACACUAUUGCUAGCAAUGCUGGGGUAGAGGGAGCAGUUGUUGUUGGCAAGCUAUUGGAGCAGGACAACCCUGACCUUGGAUACGAUGCAGCCAAAGGCGAGUAUGUAGACAUGGUGAAAUCAGGAAUUAUCGAUCCUUUGAAAGUCAUUAGAACAGCCUUGGUAGAUGCUGCAAGUGUGUCUUCCUUGAUGACUACAACUGAGGCAAUUGUGUCUGAACUUCCCAAGGUUGAAAAGGAAACCCCAGCAAGCAAUGGCAUGAGCGGCAUGGGAUUUUGAAACUCUUUAGAGCAUUACAAAUCAGCGCUGAUUUAAACAUUAUUGACACAAAUUUUACCUGUUCUUCAAUUAUUCAAACAUAUGCUUUUACAAGUUAAGAAAGGUUGAUUCAUUUUUUCCUGAAAA